GUUCCUGGUAUGAAGGAGAUGCGACUCGACCUACUGAAUAUCUUAAGUAGUCUACCCGAACAUUUAGCCAAUGGGAAGUCGCUUUGUUGUUCUGCUUAAGAAACAGGUAGUCUUUAUUUGUUUUGCAUUGGUUUAACUUUCAAUUAAGACUGCUUCGGGCAUAUACUGCUUUCGACUGCCCAGUAAAUUGUUUACACUUAUACAAAUCCGUUGUCUACAUGGAAGAAAAUAUAUUGCUUUUAGUCGGUCUUCCCGAAGAUUUUGCUUCCGUGAAACCCAAGUUGGAACUGCAUUUUAGAAAUAAAAGAAAAUCUGGAGGAGAGGUUUCGGAAAUAAGAAAUUACCCCAAUGACACGAGAAAGGCAUUGCUCGUUUACCUAGAGGAUGAAGCCUCACAAAGAGUGUUGGAAAAGGGACCGCACAAGGUUGAUUUCAAGGCCUUGGGCGUGGUGGAACUUCAAGUGAGGUCACUAGAAGCGGAUAACAUCGCACAUGUGAAGAUAAUAAAGCCAGUGUCGUUGCCCAAACCACGCCUUGAGAAAGAGAUUGGCUCUGGGAAAUCUGCAAGCUAUACAGAAGCGGAGCCAGGACCAUUUCACCAAGAAGGCUUGCAGCAAGAUGGUGAAAAGGUGCUAUCACUGCUUGUGAGCAGUGAUUGUCCAAUCAAAGAGGAGAUCCUUCAGUUGUACUUUGAGCAAUUUACUGAUGACAUUGGUAUCUGUAGACAUGGAGAUAAUCAAUGGAUUCUCAAGCUGACCAGUCGUUCUGAUUUGGAGAAUAUCCUGGCUAAGAAGGAUCAUGUCCUGGAGGGUUCCUUGAUGUCCUUGCAGCUGUAUGAUGAGAGAGAGGCAGAGGAGAGACUUGAUCCCCACAGGUUCAUUCUGAGUGGCUUCAGUGAAGACUGCAAGUGCAGCCACCUGUCCGUCUUCAUCAAGAGCUGCAGCAGAGGGGCCGAGCAUUCCUGGGAGGUCCUCAAUGACGGGCAGAGAAUCGCAGUCACCUUCAAACAGGAUAUAGAUGUUGAGGCUUUUUUGAAGAAAUGCUCCACAAAAAAACUUCAGAGCAUGGAUAUCUCCGCUAGUCGUCUGGAGUACACAAACUCUGUGCUGGUGAAAGGAAAUAUGGAGAACAUCUCAGAAAAGGAACUCAGGGAUUAUUUUUCUAGCACAAAAAGCAAUGGAGGACAAGUCAAAUGCCUGAAUUGGGUCAAAAAUGCAAAGAGUGUGCUUCUAGUGUUUGAAGAUUUUCACGUUGCGCACAGAGUUGCCAAAGAGAAGCACACUAUUUGUGGAGUCAGCCUGUGUGCUUUGUUGUUCUACUCCUGCCUGAAGCAAGCCUUAACUGGAGAGACCACCACUACACCACCUUUUCCUCCUAAAAUCUCCAUUCCUGUGGAUGCUUUGUUCCUCAAAUACAUACAAAAUGAUGAGGAGUGCAUAGAAGACUUCGAGAGCACACUAAAGGAGCACUACACCAGCAUCUCCUUUAAAGGUGACCCAGAGUCCCCUGAGCUGGUGUUGGAGAUGGCAGUGGACAGAGAUUCAUUGCUGCUACACCGCUUAGCUCAUACCUGGGAGAGAAAGACUAAGAAAGCAGUUGAGGCACUGCUGGAGAAAUACAGCAUAGUCAUGUUGCGGUCAACUAAAGAGGCGUGGGAGAGAAUCAAGAACAAAUGCCUCAGUCUAAAUCUCAAAACUGCCAGAGUCUCUUAUGAGAGAGAUAAGAACACCAUUGUGUUGUUGGGGCAACAGAACGAUGUGAAGAAGCUUCAAGGUGAAAUUCAACUUUUGUUGAUCAAAGCAAAAGAAGAGCUGGAUGUUGAAAAAAACACUGUGGAAAGGAAGAUCCCUGUGGACAGUAAGGAAGAGCUUGGUUUUGUGUGGAACUUAGUGUCUGAAAAACUUGAAGGAGUUGAACACCUGAAAGAUGAAGCAAACUUGACUUUUCACCUCAAGGGCUUCGAAGAGAAGGUAAAUGCAGCAGAGAGAAUCAUCAAAAACACCAAAGAUAAUUUAUCCAUCCAAACUUUGCAUCUGUCACCCAAUCUCACUAAGUUUUUGCAGUCCCUGGACCUCAAAAAAUUUGAGCGCAAUCACUUAACUCACAUUUCCGCUACAGUCUUCUCCUGUGGUGAUUCCAUUCAGAUUCUUGCAGAGAAGCUGCAAGAUGGUGAGAAAGCGAGAGAAAAAAUAAAGGAGGUGCUUAUGGAAGAUGUGAUCAACCUUACUCCCGAUCAAGGAAAAGUCACCCAGGAAGAACACUGGAGACUCUUCUACAGUGGACUAAUGCAAGAGGUAGAAUCCAGCAAUAAUGCACAGAAUGUGAAGAUCUCACAUUCUGAUGUGCAGAUUGCAGUGUGUGGGUUCCAGAAUGUGGUAACAGAUGUUGCUAGGAAACUGAGAGGAUAUUUGAAUAACAAAAUGCCUGUGACAGAAGACAUCUUGCUGAAGUCACUGAGACAGGUUGAAUAUGUUGCUGAUUGCUUGAAGCUGUCUGAGGCUCCUGAAAUCAAAGCCCUGGAUGUGACCAUUUUGUCAUCACGGACACAGGCGACUCCUUGCCUGAAAGUCACCGCAGCCAAUGACAAGAUCAAGGAGGCUGUGGCUGCUGUUGAGAAGAAGAUUUCACACAUUGUGCAUGAGAAACACAUAUAUUCUGAUGCCGGGGUGUCAAAAGUGUUGGAGAAACAUCAAGAUGCUCUUAAGGCCAGGGCCAAAGAGUUUGCCUGUAAGCUGUAUCUGACUGUUGAACAAGCAAGCCAGACCAGCUCUCACCUGGCCUGCAGGUUUAAAAUGGGAACCCACCUCACUUUAACCAUAGCUCAGGGUGAACUAUCCCAGCAAACAGCUGAGGCUGUCAUUUGCCCAUUGGGUGGAAACCUGUCAUUUGAUAAUCCUGUCGCCCAGCAAAUUCUACAGGUCGGGGGGCCUCAGAUUAAAGAUUCUAGUGACAAGCUGUUAAAGGAGAGCCAAGCUUUGGUUGCUGGGGACGUGGUUGAAGCUAGCCCAGGAAAUCUUCCUGCCAAGGCCCUCUUCUAUGCCAUGAUACCCACUUGGGGUAAGACCAGCCAAACUGUGGACAGCAGAUUGCUGGAGACAAGGUGCUUGGCAUCAGCUGUCCAAAGGAGCCUCGAGAAUGCAGAUAAGAAGCAAUGUGUCUCUAUGGUAAUGCCGGCCCUGGGGUGUGGCGCUUUUGGUUUCCCUGUCAGAGAAAGCUUUAAAGUCAUUGAGAAAGAAAUCUCAGAGUUCUGCAGCAGUCUUCAACACACCACUCCAAACCUGAGGGAAAUAUUCAUCAUUGACUCAGAUGCCAAGACGGUAGAGGAAUUUCACACUAUCCUGAAGGAAAUGGGAUACCAAAGUCCAGAUUCAACAGACGUGUUAUCUGCUCCUCCUGCAAAUAAAUCAAAGGAAGUAGCUCCUCCGCCUCGUUUACUUAAACCAGAUGAAGACCUCAAAGUGGUUAUUGGUGGCGUUACAGUAAUUCUGAAAAAAGGAGACAUCACCAAAGAGGCAGUGGAUGCCAUUGUGAAUUCUACCAAUAGCAGUCUGAAUCUAGACACUGGUGUCUCUGGAGCAAUUCUGAAAGCAGCGGGGAAAUCUGUUCAAGAUGAAUGUGCCAAACUGGGCACCCAGAAAGGAGAUGGGGUGGUUGUCACCGGAGGAGGCAACUUGAAAUGCAAGCACAUCAUUCAGAUGGUGGGGCCGACUACCACAGCUGGCAUCACCACAUCCACAGAGAGGGUCCUGCAGCUCUGUGAGAGCAAGAGCACCACAUCUGUGUCCAUUCCAGCCAUUGGGACAGGAAGAGGCAGCAUUAAGCCAGAAGAAUCCAUCGAGGCAAUUCUCAAGGGGCUGCAGAACCAUUUGUCUCAGAGCACUUCCACAAACAUCAAAUUCAUAUUCAUAGUGGCCUUUGAACAGAAGGUUUUCGACUCUUUCCGCCGUUACUUUGCAGAGCAGAACCAGCAGUCUCAGCAGGGAACAGAGGCAGUCAGUGUGAUCCACUUGCCAAGCAUUCAGUCCAGGUCAAGGCAGCUCCCUGCCAAUCAAGUUAAGAUCCAUGGUAUCAGAAUAGAGGUGAAGAAAGGUGACAUCACCACAGAAACUGUCAGAGGGAUCGUCAACACAACCAACAAUGAGCUGAACCUGAAAGGAGGAGUUUCGGGAGCUAUAUUCAGAGCAGCAGGAAGCUCGGUUGAGCAGGAGUGCAAAAUGUUUGGGCCCCAGCAGGAUGACGGCGUCGUGGUAACGAGUGGCGGGGCGCUACACUGUGAUUUUAUCAUUCACAUGGUGGGACCCCGCUCCAUACCUGCCGCAACCGCACAGGUGGAGAAGGUUCUGGAACAGUGCGAGAAAAACAGCAUCACCACCUUGUCCUUCCCUGCUAUUGGCACAGGUGGUGGACAGCUGAAUGCUGCAGAUGUCAUUGCUGCCAUGCUUCAAGGGUUCCACAAUCAUUUAUCGCAGCAUAUCUCCACUGUUCUCAAGCUGAUUUACAUCGUAGUCAAGGAGGACAAAAUCCUCCAGGAGUUUCUGCAGGGGCUGAAGCAGUGGUCAAGACCUGGGCUGGUAUGGAAAAAUUAUAAUUCUUGUGAUGAAGAUGAGGAUGAAGAUAACGAUGUGGAAGAAGAUGACUAUGAAGGAAGCAUUGAGAUAAUCAUGGGACCGAUGAAAGUCAAAGCCCUCUGUGGCGACAUCACCAAGGAGACAACAGAUGUCAUUGUAAACAGCACCAACACCAACCUUGAUUUGAACUCAGGUGUGUCUGGGGCCAUUCUCAAAGCAGCUGGACAGACAGUACUGGAUGAAUGCAGAGCUCUAGGGACACAGCCAAGUGAUGGAGUUGUGGUGACCAAACCAGGUAAUCUAAAAUCCAAGCACAUUGUCCAUAUGGUUGGGCAGACAAUGGAGAGAGCCAUCACCAAUUCCAUGUACAAAGGUUUAGAAACUUGCGACAGGAUCAAAGCUCAGUCUGUCAGCUUCCCAGCACUGGGGACAGGAGCCGGAAAUUUGUCUGCAUCUCAGGUGGCUAACGCCAUGAUCGAUGCCAUCAGCAACUUUGUGUUGGACAAACCAAAACCAUCCAUCACCACGGUUCACAUUGUCAUAUUUCAGCCAAAGAUGAUGUCCGACUUUGAACAUGUCAUGAAGAAGUUCAAGAGGGUCACCCCCAAGCUUGGGAUAGCAGCGGCAAUGGCGGCACGUAGUAGACCCAGUUCCACGUCCUCAAACUCCAGCUCUUCCAAAACCAACUCCAACAUUCCGACCCUGAGCCUGGGAAGUGCUAGAAUUACUUUCCCUGUGAUGGUGGCUGAGGUUUACGGAGUUUCUGUGGCAAACCUGGCCCAGGUGAAGAAGUGCCUUGAUGAUUUGGUUUCCGAGGAGUGCACCAGCGAAGACGUGGUAGACAAGAACCUCCACCACCUUACAGAAAAGGAGAAGCAAGAUAUCAUUGAAGCGAGCCAGAGGCACCAGGUCCGCAUCACCAUGCUCCAAAACAAGCUGACGGUGUCGGGGAAGAGGGACGAUGUCCUUUUGGUCAUCCUGAAAAUGCAGAUCUCCCUGAAGAGAGCCCAGGAGAGAGAGGACCAGGAGCGGGAGGAGAGCAGGAUAUGGCAGACCGUCCGCUGGGAGGUGGGCAGGAAAGACACCUGGAUAAGCCUGAAGCAGCGAUUGAACUACAAUCUGGAGCUGGCUUUCCACAGGAAGGACAAGUUAUACAUUUACCAACACCAAAAGGACAGCUUCACGGUGGAUUUUGAGAAGAUGCAGCAAACGGACAGCAGAGGACAAAUCACUAGAAUCAAGAGGACUCCUCUGUCCGACUGUGAAACAGCUAUCAUUACGACACCACCUACAUGGACCAAGAUGGAUGGAAAAGAUCUGGACAUCAUUGUGCUCUCUGAAAAAUCAAAUGAAUAUCAGAAAAUUUGCAAAGAAUUUGUGCAAUCCUGCCAGGUGUUUGCACAGAAAAACGGCAAAAACAUCGAAGUGGUCCAGAUCCAGAGAAUCCAGCACCAGGAGCAGUGGAGGAGGUACACAGUAAGCAAACAGGCAUUGGAUAAAAAAUAUCCGAAAAACAAUAACGAGCAGUUCCUGUACCAUGGAACUACCAAGGACAUCUGCCAGAAGAUCAACAAGAACGGCUUCAACCGCAGCUUCUGUGGCAGAAACGCAACAGCAUUUGGAAGCGGAACUUACUUUGCCAAGGAGGCGUACUACUCUUGCGAUGACAAGUACUCCAAUCCUGAUGAGAACGGCCACAAGUACAUGUACAGAGCCCGCGUACUGACGGGGAAGCCCUGCCUCGGACUGCAGGGCAUGAGGGAGCCGUCUCCAGUGGACCCCAACAACCUCCAGGCGGGCCUGCACGACUGUGCCGUGAACAACCUCCAGAACCCCUUCAUUUUUGUUAUUUUCUCCGACUCAGGGGCCUACCCUGAAUACCUCAUCACAUUCAAGACAGUGUAGUGUGGAUGGGGGGGGGGGGGGGGGGGGGGAAUCCACUAACGAGCCAAUCUGUGCUUUAAACAGCCUUAAUUAAUAUUUUGUAUUUUCUUAUAACAUGUAAAUAUGAUCACUAGCAUUUUAAGAAAUUUGAUUAGAAUACAACAAAUUGUGUAAUAUUUGUAAAAUCAAGGGUCUUCGAAAACUUUUAAAUCCAAAAACAAAACGGAGUAUCAAAUAUAUUUUAAUUAUAGUAUAACUUACUCCUUCUGCUGUCAGUUCCCUUCAGAUUGUUAAAGACUGAAUGUAUGGAAUAGAGUGCAAAAGUAAAAUGGACCACGUUGGAAUAUCUUUAUUAAAAAAUGUAUAAUGUCUGCUAUUCAGAUGUACAAACAGUGGUAUCGGCACAUGAAUAUGUGUCCUGUCAUGAGUGACAUGAGUGUUCAUGAGGUUUUUCCAAAGUUCCAACUUCAGCUGCUCCAAGAGAAUCUGUUGCUGAACAGCCCUAUUUCAGUUGGAUUUGUUUUACAGUUGGUGGAAAUAAAAUUAAAUUAUUUUGAAAGA